AUGUUAUUCGCUGUGGAUCGUAAUGUAUGUAGUGCAAUAGCAUUAGUUUUGCGGCAUCUACUAACACUCGCUUUUGCACGCUGCGUUGCGUUUACCAACACAGCAAAAAUAUGUAAACAAAAAAUCUAUACAUAGUACGGAAAAGAAGGCGAAUUGACCCCAAAUACGACGACAACGACAUUAGCGCCACCCUACAAAGUGUAGUUUUUGUGUCAAGCAAACACACACAUACAUGUGCAUGGAGAGCAAUUGACGCCCCCCAACAACGUAAACCAACAGAAACGUUCCGAUUCGUCAUCGAUUUAAGGCAAAAGCCAAACAAUGGAGUGGAGGUGCAAUGAAAAUUAACGGAGAAACUCUUUAAUUGAAAUUGAAUAAAAAUAGACAUUCGAUUGAUUAACUGCUAGAAAAUGCGCAUUUCGUAAGCAACAACAAGAAAAUAAACAACUAAAGGAAUUUCGUUGCUGUUUGUUGCGGACCUAAGACAACCUUGAGUCAAAAAGAAAACACACACACACGCACAACCAACACACAGUUAACCAAUAUAAUGGAUGAUAAUCUAAGUACCAAAUCCUCCGAGUCUUCGAUUACAACCAGUGGCGAAUACGAGAUUGUCACCGAUAGCAAUGUGGCAACACCUUUGGAGCAACUGGCACCACCGCCAGUUGCCGCAAAGGUUACCGAAUCUUUGAGUGCCCUCUCGCUCUCACCCGUUGGCGCUGGCGGUGAUCGUUCACCCACCUUGGACAUGGCGCACAAUCGCAAUCUGAGCGACAUUAAACACGAAAUGACAGAUGCUCUGCGGGAUUUGGAGCUGGAGCGCAACGGCGUCGCAGCAACUGUCGCUGCUGUCGACGAUAAGACGCGUCAUCAGCAGCAGCAGCAACAACAACAGUCUCAACCAAAACAACAACAACAGCAGGCUCAGAAAUCGUUGACGUUGCCUUUGACUGGACGCAAAACACAAGCGGAAACCGCAAACGAUACGGAAAUGCGCUUUAAAGUCAGCCUAUUCUCACCAAAGGGUUGCGAUGAAUCGGAGGAUGCCUCCAACUCGGAGCACAAUCGUGUGGGACACUCGGUAUUCUACGACUGCAUUGAUGCCAGUCCGGCGUGCAUUGAGGAAAAACAAGACGCCAUGAAACCCGAGAAAUGUGACACAACUGAUGAGGAAGUUUCAGAGAUUGAUCAGGGAUGUACCAUCUUUGCUGGGGUUACCUAUUUGGGUGCUGCCAACAUAAAUGCGCCCAAAUCUGAAACAGAUGUCUAUCGCAUCAUGAGCGAGCUCAACAGCGGUUCCAAGUCGGUGGGUCUCAAGAUAACUGUCAGCAUACCCAAUUGUUCCGAUGGUCUCGUCGUUUUGCACGAUGCAGAGAGCAAUACCAUAAUAGCCACAUAUGAGAUAUCGAGCAUUAUAUUGUACUAUCGAGGACCCGUGGAUACCGUUGAGAAUGGUUGCUUUGCAUUCACUUGGCUGCACGGAGAUGCGCUUUUUCAGUGCCAUGUAUUCCGUUGCCAUAUCCCGGAAGCAGUGAAUCAAGUGAGCGCCUGUUUCCAGAAGGCCUUUCAGACAUACGCGCCCAGCAUGAGUUGCAGUCUAACUUCGGCCGUAGACAUGGUUAAUUCCGUAACAUCGGAUGUCAGUGGCAAUCCAUUGAGUACAGCUGGCUAUGAGUUUAUCGUCUCACUGGAAAUACGCGAAAAGGUGGCCAAGAAUUCAUAUGCAGCCGUGCCGAGAGAUCGUGGAUGCUUCAAGCUGCGAGCAAAUACGGACAAGGAAGUCUGCAUCACGGUCAAGCAGACAGCAUCGAAUGUGCUGCAACCGUUGUUUAUUGAACGCUGUUUUGGUGUACUCGUUGCACCUGGUAAACUGGUGGUUCAAAAGGAUAUGCAUCUCAUUGACAUGGCCAACAUGGGCUAUGUGCUGGCACAGGGAGCAGCCAAUGAGCCGGAUAGUGUGAACGCCUGCCUAAACGCAUAUGCCAUACGGGCGGAGUGGAAGGCACAGGAGAAGGCAUUCGAGCAGCUGAAUCUGGAAACGUCCAAAACCAAUCUCACAGUGGCCGUCGACAUCGUCAUGCGCGGCAUACAGGAGCCGGUGCGCUUCGUUAUCGAGACUCCGGUUACCAUUCAAUCGGCCAACGAAAUGCGCAUCAUGGAUCACUUCAUGUCCAAGCGUCCCAUGACACUGCGCUUCUAUUUGCAUCUGAAGCGCACGGAUGAACUCAACUGGAAGGUGAACAGCAUUGAUCCCUCGGAGGAGAUCACUGAGCAGGCAAGCGGCCAACAAGGCUCCUCCUCGCUGCUCAAGAUGGGCAUGAACAAUCUAUCGCGCAUCGUGCGCAGCUCGUCCAUAGCCUCAAUUGAGGAUGAUUGCCCCACAGACUACAGCAGCGAUGGCGAUGAACCGUUGCUCAGCGGCACCGGUGAAGUGUCCAAGGAUUGCUCCCAGGACACACUCGAUGAAUGGGAUCCCAUCCUACGCGAAUGGGAUAGCGAGAAGCGGCCAAAGAAUUUGGCAACAUUGGUGCGUCUGGGCGUGCCAGAGGCGUUGCGCGAAAAGAUCUGGCAGAAGUUGGCCAAUGUGGAGCGCAAGGUGGAAAUGAAUGACAUGUAUAAGAUUCUUAUCACCAAAGAAACCAAAUGUGAGACAGUCAUACAACGGGAUAUACAUCGCACCUUUCCGGCGCACAAAUGUUUCAAGGAGAGCGGCGGCUCUGGCCAGGAUGCCUUGUUUAAAGUGUCCAAAGCGUAUGCCGUCCAUGACAGCGAGGUUGGCUACUGCCAAGGCCUCAGUUUCAUAGCAGCCAGUUUGCUGUUGCAUAUGCCCGAGGAGGAUGCCUUCUGUGUGCUGGUCUCUCUAAUGUACGACUACGGACUGCGUGAUCUCUACAAGGCCGGUUUCGAGGUGCUUUAUUUGCGCCUUUAUCAGCUGGAACGACUCAUUAAAGAUCAGUUGCCCAAGUUGCAUGAACAUUUCACGGCCUGCGGCAUUGAGACGCACAUGUACGCCUCCCAGUGGUUCCUAACGCUUUACACGGCGCGUUUUCCUCUCUGCUUUGUAUUCCAUGUACUGGACGUAUUUUUGCUGGACGGUUUGCCAGUGCUCUUUCAGGUGGCAGUGACAUUGCUGUCAAUCUGUGAAUCCGACUUGCGUCAACUGGAUUUCGAGGGUAUACUCAAGUAUUUUCGAGUGACGCUGCCCAAGAAGUGUCGCAGCUCUAGUCAGGCACGUAAAGUCAUGAAGCAGGCCUGCGAGCGUAAGAUUAAGAAGCUAAAGCAGUAUGAGGAAGAGUUUCUGCUUAAGAAGCAGCACAAGGAGCGGCUGGAGAAGGAGGCGCAGAUCUAUGAGAGUCGCUUCGGCGAGGAACGCCGCAAGCUGCAGUCGGAGAUUGAAUCCCUCACCCAACAGUUGACCGGCGCCAAUGAGCGUGCUGUGGAUAAGGAGAGGAAGCACACUGGCAUUAUACAGGAGUACAAGCAGAUCAUACAGCGGCAGGAGCAGGAUAUGAACACACUCAAUGAGACGCUGGGCAAGGUUAUGCACACGGUUUCCAAAUGCUCGCACUGCUUGCAACAGAUUGAUGUGAGCAAUGACAAUGCCAAGCAAGAGGAGUCAGCAGGCAUCUCGAAUCGUCAGUCUCAUUCGCUGCGCAACUCCAAUGAGGCACCACUGGGUCCAUUGGAUCCACUUAAUGCAGCUGGACAUCGCAUACGCGAACUGGAACUGGAGCUGGCGCAGGCCAAGUUGGCACAAGUGGAGGCCGAGUGCAAGAACCAGGAUUUAAACCAUCAGCUAAACAACACACUCAGCGAACUGCAAACCAAUCGCAACAGCUGGCAACCCUGGCUAUCCAAGACCUUUAAUUCGCUGCAGGAGAAGGUCACCACACGAGCUGGUGGCUCACAGCGUGGUGACAACGGCGGCGCCACAUUCCAGUCCUACAUGGGACAGCCGCCGGCAACAGUCAGUGAGGCCAGUUCGCCCAGCGCCAAUCAGGAGUAUAGAACCUUUGCAUUUGCAUCUGUUGGCGGCUCUCCGAAAUUACCAACCAAAUUUCAGACCACAAAGUUGCGCAACAGCAUCGACAGUUUGCGCAAUAUUGUGGUACCACUGGAGACGGGCAAAUCCCUGCUUGCCGAGAAUCUUAAACAGCAGCUGCAGUCGCAGCCAUAGAUUAUUUAUAUAUUUACAUAUUAUCAACAGAAACAUAUGUAGGCCGAUCUGGCUAGCAGGCAGUCCUACGCCUUUGGUAUUAUAUAUCGUAUUCGUCUAUAUACUUACACACACACUCACAUAUAUAUACAUAUACUAUAUAAAUAUAGAUAUACUUAUACACACACUUGCAAGUAUAUAAUGUACAUGUGCAUUCCUUUGUUUCCAUUUGAGAUUUAUGUUGAUAUUUUGCACCAAAGCUUGUCCAGCUGUUGGUUUGAUUGACAAGGUUCCAGCCUUAAAAAAAUUAAUUGAUUGUUUUUAUUGUAGAAG